UAUGCCGACGCUGCGGAAAGCGCGCGAAGCAGAAAAUUGGUGUAAGGAGAUCGGUGCGGGCCGGCGCGUCCUGAUCGAAACGCAUUUAACUUAUCAGCGCCCGACACUCUCCCACUGUCACCCCGGCUCCCGCUACAACCAUUCGACACCACUCCACCGCGGACCGUCACGUAGUCCGCUCGUCACGACAGCAACUUCUACAUACAUUAACAAAUUUUUCAUGAUAUUUGUUACUUUUACUUAAUAACUGUGUGCUGAGGUGGCGGUAGUAUCUCAGGCGUGUGAGCAGGCCACAGCGGGCGGCGCGACAUGGAGCGCGGGGCGAGGGGCGCGCUCAUCGCCUUCGCUCUCAUAUACGUCACCUUCUUCCUCGACAACGUGCUGCUCACGGUGCUCGUUCCUAUAAUACCCGACUGGGUGCGCGGCGAGUCUCUGGAGCUGUGGACGCGGCACGACGCCAAGGCGGGCGUGCAGCUGCUCAGCGCGCCGCUCGCCGCCGCCGCCGUGUGCCGCCGCGGCCCGGCGCCUGUGCUGCGCGCCGCCACCGCAUUAUUGGCGAUCGCAGCACUUGGGUACUGCGCUUAUUGGAGUUUGACACAUUCUCGUGGACUCUGUAUAAUAAAUGAGUUCCGGCGAGGCGUUGUGUGUCCAGUGUUUUCGUGGUGCGGGCGGCAGGGCGCGGCGGGGCGCGUGUGGUGCGCGUGCGGCGGGCGCGCGCUGCACGGCGCGGCGGCGGCGCUGGCGAGCGUGGCGGGGCUGGCACUGUGCGCGGCCGCCGUGCCGCGGUUCCACGCCGCCAGGGCCAUUGGCGCAUUGCUAGGCGCCGUCGCGCUAGGCGUCCUGGUGGGGUAUCCAUUUGGCGGUGCGACGUACUCGACGUGGAGUCGCGGCGCGCCGUUUCUGCUGAUCGCGGCCGCCCUGCUGCUCGACCUGGCGGCGCAGUACACCUAUUUACACCCUGACCAGAUGGAGUUAUCGGACGGCGAGAGUGAGGCGGGCGCGGGGGAGUGCGCGUGCGCGGAGGGCGCGUGGGACGUGCGGCGCGCGGCGGCCGUGUGCUCGGCGGGCGCGGUGCGCGAGUGCGCCGGCGCGGUGGUGCUCACCACCAGCGUCAUGGCGGCGCUGGAGCCGUGCCUGCCGCUGUGGCUCGCGCGGCGGUUCGGCUCGGCGCGGUGGCAGGCGGGCGCGGCGUUCGUGCCGGACAGCGCGGGCUACCUCGCGGCCGCCAGCGGCGCGGGCUGGCUCGCGCGCGCGCUCGGCGCCGAGCGGGUCGCGCUCGCGGGACAGACCGCCGUCGCACUCGCCGCGCUCGCCAUACCGCAUGCGGCCUCCGUGUCGUGGCUGGCGCUGCCGCACGUGGCGCUGGGGUGCGGGCUGGGCGCGGUGGACGCGGCGCUGGUGCCGGCGCUGCUGGCUCGGCACCCCGGCGACGCGCCCACGCUCGCUGCUCUGCUACAGGCUGCCUCUUCAGCUGCCUACGCGCUCGGGCCGGUGGUGGGCGGCGUGGUGUCGUGGUGGCUCGGGUUCGAGACGGCGCUGCGGUUGCUGGGCGUGCUCAACCUGCUCUACGCCGCGUUCCUCUACCGCGCGCUGUGCCGACACCCGCUCUCUGAACAGGUGAUGCUACGCGUACCGCCGCUUGCGAUAUAUUUAUUGUUUUUCCUUUUUACCUUAAUCGCCUGAUUUUAUCAUAGUGCAAACACAUCUUUUGCACAUCCGAAUAG